AUGAAGAAAGUCAACUUUGUGUCUGCUGAGGAGAUGGAACCAGUCCAAGAAGGGGAGGAUACACAAUUUGCUGAGGUGUGCUACAUGAGCAAUGGGCAAGGAGGUUACAACAAAGGAUACUAUAACUACAAGUCCAACCCUGCCAUGUCAUACCGCAACACUGAUGUUGCUAACCCUCAGGACCAAGUAUAUCCUCAACAACAAGCAGCUCGAUCGAGUCAGCCACAACAUGGGUAUGGUCAAAAGAACAAUUACCAAGGACCACAAGGCACUUUCCCUGGACAACAAAUGAAUAUCCCACCAGGCUUCCCCCACCAACCGCCCCAGCCUGCACCUUCACAAGAGAAUGAGCUCAAGGCAAUGCUAAAGCAACUACUUCAAGGGCAAGCUGAUGGGGUAGUGGACACAAGCAAGAAGCUAGCUGAAAUAAACUCUAAGAUCGAGAACCUCAACACAAGGGUUUACUCUCUGGAGAAUCAUGCUUCUUCUGUUGCUGCUGCUACAAAGCAAGGACAACUACCUGGUAAAGCUAUUCAGAACCCCAAGGAACAGUGCAAGGUCAUCUUCACUCAAGAAGGACUUGUUGAAGAAGAGGAUCAAGAAAGGGUCAUUGAAGAUUUUUGUUUACUGCUGAAUGAUGAAGAGAUUGUUGCUGCUGAGGCUCCUGGAGUCCAGAUUGAUCAACCAGAAGUGCAGGCACCACUGUUGGCCAUUCACACUUCACCAGUUGAGCUCGCACGACAAGCUCGAUCGGCAGCUCGAUCGAGUCCAACUCUAGCUCGAUGUCCGACCUCUUCUGUCCGACAACCUGUUUUGCUUGAUCCCUACACACCAGUUGCCGCUUCCUCAUCUCGCCUACUUACUCAAGGUCACAAGGAAGUGAUUCACAAGUUCAGAAGAGAUCUCAGUGGGAUUGGAAUUGAGUUGCCUUCCAUGGAUAGCAUGAGUGAGGCAUUUGAUCAAAUGCAAAUGGUCAAGGAUGUUCUAGCCAACAGUGAUAAAGUUUCAGAGGUCCUACAAGAGUCUACUCAUCAGUUCAACCUGCUUACUUCACCCACCUUCCUACCAAAGGUCAAAGAUCAAGGGAAAUUCACUCUCCCUUGCACACUUGGGCAUCUUGAGCUUGACAAUGCCUUAGUGGAUUCUGGAGCAAGCAUCAAUCUGAUCUCUCUCCAUGGCAGAGAAGCUAGGCAUUGCUGGAGCCUUGCAGCGCCCUACUACUUCAAUCAUGUUUGGAGAUGCAACUUCUAA